AUGCAUCCUUUUUUUUUAACUUUUAAAGAUGCUAACAUUGAGGAAUCCUAUCAAAUAAAAAACUAACAUUCUAAAAGGUUACUCACUUUUAUCUCCAUAAGUAGCGGAUUUAUAUUAGCCUUUUUGAUAAAAGUUAUCCAAUCAAUAUCUGAAGAUAACAUGUAUGCCUUUUAUCUAAAUAUUACCAUUCUAUCUUAUCUAUGCUUACAAUUAGGGUUUUUUUGGAAAAAAAAUAAGUAUCUUAGACUAGGUAUUAUAAUACUUAAUCAUUUCGUGACGAUUUACUUUAUAGUAUUCGAAGAUAGAUCAGAAGUUGAUAAUUAAAUGGCAAUGUUAUAAGGAGUUAACUAAAUGGCAGCCAGUUAUCUACUAAUUUUAACAGGAGAAUAUCUAGAUGGAAUGUUAACUAUCAUAUCCCUAUAAAUAUUUAGAAUCAGUUGGGUUUUAGUUAAAAGUGAAUCCAUCUAAUAUUCAGCUCCUAUUGCUUCUUUGUUACUCAUCUUGUACAUAAAUUAUUACAAUUUUUUAUAUAAUAAAGCAAAGCGCUCUUAAUAUUUAUUAACUUUGGCGGAUUGUCGAUGGGAAGAAAUUCUAUAAAAACUCUAAAUUCAAUAAUCUUACAUGAUUCUAUAAUUUUAAGAGGAAACCUUACGUUAUACAAUCAAGAAUUUUAGGAAUUGUGAGAAAAUGUUUAAAACUUAGGAAGAAGCUGAGAAUUUUCUUAGAUUGGCUACUCAUCAUAAUAAUUUACUAUAAAAUAUUAUUCAUAAAAAUAUGAUUGAAUUUAAAAAGACUACACAUAAUAACUUUAAUGAAACUAUUUUAAUAAACUAUUAAAAAUAAACCAUCAGAACUGAGAUUUCUAUUUAUAAAGGUGAUUAACCAACCAUACUUUUGAUAUUUAGAAAUUUCUUUCUUGAAAACAAAAUAAAUCCCAUUUCAAUACAAAAGCAAUUUGGAAAUGCCAUAAAAUUGAUUGUUAAAAUAUUAGAAAAAAUAAGAGGAGCAUAAUUUUUUGAAAUUUAAUAUUUAAUGAUAUAAAGAAAACUAAUUCUUGUUCAUUUAAUGAUUAAUGUGUAAAAUAAAUUAAAAAUUAAGACAAUAAAUAUUAAUGAUUUUAUUAAUCAUGCCAUAUUACUAUAUUAAGAUUUAAAAAUUAAAUUAAACUAUAAAUGCAAUGCAAAAAUUGAAACAAUAGUUAGUAUUUUAUAAAUACUUAUUAUUUUAAUUUUUGAGAAUAGAUUAAGUGAUAUUUUGAGUAUUACAACAAAAAUGACAUCAGAUGAAUAUGUCCAAUGUAUAUUCUAAGGUAGAUUCAACUUAGACAAAUUGAUCAGAUUUAAAAAGGCUUAUGAAUUGCCUUGGCUAUUAAUAUUUGAAACUUUAGAUCUUGAUGAAGAGAGUAAUUAAUUUAAUAAUCUUAGUACUCACAUUUACUUUUCAUAAAAAUAUUGGAAUUCCUUUUGGAGCUUGA